AUGAGGUUUGCAAAGAAGGUUAGACGCCUGGUGUUCCAUGGUUUCAAAUCCGAUACGGAGGUUAACGCCAUGUGUUUCAAGUACUUGCGAUCUUUGAUUUUCAUCAGGUCUUUGGAACCUCUGUCGAAAUCCCAGCUGUCUCACAUGUUAUGUGCUGGUUCUAAACUAUUGAAGCUAUUGGAUUUGGAAGGUACAGCUUUAGAGGAAAUCCCAGAACAAGUUUUCAAAUUAUUUCAUCUCAGGACUUUAAAUCUCAAAUGUACAAGAUUGAAGAUGAUAUCAAAGUGCAUUGGGUGUCUAAAGAAUCUAGAGUUUUUAGAUGUUUCAUACACGAAAGUGAGUAAGUUACCGGAAGAAAUACUCAAGCUAAAGGGACUGAUUCAUCUAAAUGUGUUUCAAUGUAAUCCGAGCACAAGAUUUACCUUCAAAGAAUUUAAAGGUCCAAACAACAUUUCCAAGCUCUCUUCUUUGGAGAGGUUGCUUUGCGUAGGAGCGAAUGAAACAGUGAUCAAAGAGAUAGGAAUGCUCAAGAAAUUGAAAGUACUAGCAAUUACGAUCCUAAGAAGAGGAGACGAGCAACACCUUUGGUUAUCUCUUGGGAAUCUCACCCAUCUAAGAGAAUUACAUCUUCAAGCUGCAAAUGAUGAUGAGGUAAUUGAUCUUAACGACACCAACAUUACAUUUGGUUCAAGUUUCCGAAAUCUACAAGUUGUGUUUUUGAAAGGCCGCUUGGAAAGGUUACCCAAACUGGUAUCUUGUUUACAAGGCCUGAUCUCGGUUUCCUUGGUCUUGAGCAAGUUGAUGGAUGAUCCACUUGAAUCUCUCCAAUACUUGCAGAACUUACGAGCGCUUCUCUUAGAUCAAGCUUUCCAAGGAGAGCAUUUAUGCUUCAAGUUUGGGUUCUUUUUAAAACUUGAGAGGUUGACCCUUGUCAGCUUACAUAAUUUAGGGUGGUUGAGAGUGGAGGAAGGUGCAAUGCCGAACCUUGGAAUGCUUGGUAUUAUAUCCCUUCCAUCAUUACAGGAAUUCCCUUGGGGAGUUCAACACUUGACUAAACUCCAACAUCUAUAUUUGGAAUUGAUGAGUGAUGAAGUGACUAUUGAACUGCAGAAUCAAGAUGAAAACUGUGAAAACUAUCAAAAAAUAAGUCACAUCCUUCAAAUUUUGAUUUGGGAUCAUGAAGAUGGAUGGUGUAGGCAUCCGCAAUAUUGGAAGACAAGGAAACCAAGAAUGAACUCUCGGGGAAACCCGUAG